AUGUGCGUGAUAUGGCGAAUAGGUAAACUAUAUAUAAUUCUUACCGACAUUACUGAACUAUCUAUGGAUUAAAUGUGAAAGUGCGAUGAAAGUCGUUGAUGUGAUGCUCGCCGGCGUUAUCAGGGACAGCCGCUCACCGCACUGCUCAUCUGCUGCCCGUUUCCUGGGAGAAUCGUUAACAGAGGUUUGAGGCUGCUGCUGCUAGCCGAAACAUAGCAACACACCAAAUAAGUCCUGAACUCUUAGCGGACUGCACUCAGAUUGUCCUGACGCCCGGUUCUUAAAUGAUUCGUUUACACCUGGAUGGAUUGAAGGCUAUAAGCAGUUGACGUUGCUUUUUUUGUGUGUGUGGCUGCAAUCCGCUGUAGCGCUUCGUGCUAGCAAGCUAAACGGACAGGUAAGUGGGGAGCUAACCUGCGGCUGAGCGCCGGUUCUCCGUUAAUCAACGGACCCCGAGCAGCACUUUGAGCUGGGCUAGAGACAGCCGCACUGUAGAAGAGGUAAAACUUCUCACGGCAUUCACUCACCGCUCAUUACCAAACCGAGCUGCUAUAAAUACACGGCUUUGUUUUCCUGCCACCCAAAAGUGGCUCCGCUUCCUCCUCCUCCUGCUCUCCUCUCGGCUGUUGGAGCUCGGGCGGUUCUCCUGCUCGGGAUUUACUGACGGCACGCUGUCAACUUUGAGACGAGCUGCAGGGCUAAAAUAGCGUCGAGCAGCACGUUGUCCCAGUUAAGCCUGUGGGUUAGAGCUCGACAAGCCCAAAUUUAAUGGAAAGUCACCGUUGCAUUUCGGGAAAAGGGUACAGAGUCGAUCAUCCGAGGCCGGACACACAGACUCCCUAAUCAGCCUACACCGAGUGUGGAGACGCAGCGGGACAUGAGCACCAUGUCUGAAGACAACAAUGCAGACAAGUUUAUUAAGGAGAGCUCCAUCUUGGAAGAGUACAGUAUAAACUGGACCCAGAAGCUCGGUGCUGGAAUCAGUGGACCUGUAAGGGUGUGUGUGAAGAAGUCAACACAAGAACGGUUAGCCCUGAAGAUCCUGAUUGACAGACCUAAAGCACGCAAUGAGGUAAGACUUCAUAUGAUGUGCGCCGCACACCCCAACAUUGUACGCAUCUUGGAGGUUUAUGCCAACAGUGUUCAGUUUCCCCAUGAGUCCAGUCCACGAGCAAGAUUAUUAAUUGUCAUGGAGAUGAUGGAGGGAGGAGAGCUGUUCCACAGAAUCAGCCAGCACAGGCACUUUACAGAGAAGAUGGCCAGCCAAGUCACUAAACAGAUUGCCCAGGCUUUGGAACAUUGUCACUCACUUAACAUUGCACAUCGAGACCUAAAGCCAGAGAACCUGCUGUUCAAGGAUAAUUCACUGGAUGCUCCUGUAAAGUUGUGCGAUUUUGGUUUUGCUAAAAUCGAUCAAGGUGAUUUGAUGACCCCACAAUUCACUCCUUACUAUGUAGCACCUCAGGUAUUGGAGGCACAAAGACGCCACCAGAAAGAGAAGUCUGGAAUAAUACCUACCUCACCCACCCCAUACACGUAUAACAAGAGCUGUGACUUGUGGUCCUUGGGCGUUAUUAUCUAUGUGAUGCUGUGCGGUUAUCCUCCCUUUUAUUCCAAGCACCACAGCCGCACCAUCCCUAAAGACAUGCGCAAGAAGAUCAUGACCGGCAGCUUUGACUUUCCUGAAGAUGAGUGGAGCCAGAUAUCCGAAAUGGCAAAGGACAUUGUCCGCAAGCUGCUGAAGGUAAAGCCUGAAGAAAGGCUAACCAUCGAGGGGGUCUUGGCACACCCCUGGCUUAAUUGCACUGAGGCCUUGGACAAUGUGCUUCCUUCUGCUCAGAUGAUGAUGGACAAGGCAGUGGUUGCUGGGAUCCAGCAAGCCCAUGCAGAACAACUGGCCAACAUGAGAAUACAGGACCUUAACGUCAGCCUCAAGCCUCUCAGCUCUGUGAACAACCCCAUUCUGAGGAAGAGAAAGCUGCUAGGUACAAAGCCUAAUGAUGGCUUCUUCAUUAAUGACCCUGAAAAUGGAGCAGAAGACUCCAAUGUGGCUCUGGAAAAACUGCGGGAUGUCAUUGCACAGUGCAUCCUGCCACAGGCUGGAGAAAACGAGGACGAGAAGUUGAAUGAGGUGAUGUAUGAAGCCUGGCGUUUCAACAGAGACUGCAAGCUGCUCCGUGAUGGCCUGCAAGGACUGAGCUGGGAUGGUAGGGCUUUCUCUGAUAAAGUGGAUCGCUUGAAAUUGGCAGAGAUUGUGAAACAGGCUAUUGAAGAAAAAACUAACUUGGAAGACUCCCAAUAGAAAGUGCUGCAUUUCUAUUUCCUUUUGUACUGUUUAUUAUAAUUGUUCUUAAGCAAAUAACUGUAAAGUGUAAUUUUAUGUAAAUUGAAGCGCAUAUUUUUCCCCUUCCAUGGACACAUUCGCAAGCCUGUUGUACAGCUGUAGAUAACGCCAAGUUGUUGGUAUGAUUACUUUUUUCUACAGACGACAGUGACAAAACAUUUCAAAAAGAUUAUUUUUGUUUUUGCAAAAAAAAAAAAAGCACCAACUGAGGCAGUAGUCCUUUUGUAAUUCAUUUAAGAGAUUUCUUUUUAUUUUUGUUCUAAUGAUGCUUGCAAAUCUAUUUAUACGAAAAAGAAAGCUGUUUUAUCACAAAGCUUACAAAGGAAAAAUUACUGUAACAUAUGGAGGCUUCUUUAAAAAAAAAAAAAAAAAAAAAAAAAAAAAAGGGUGGUCCAGGUGGGGGUCUGGACAGAAGUUGAAGAUGAAAUUGUAAGUAAAUAUAAUUUCAUAUCACAAAACUCAACAACUGUGACGUAUCAAACAUUAAUUCAUCAUAUUCUGCUCCCUGAAAAUGUAUAGAAGUUAUUUAAAUUAGGAUGCUAAAUAAUUUUUCUCCUGUAUAUCCCACAAUAUGUUAUCAAGUUAAGCCAUGCUGGCAUAAUUUCUUUCAAAUCGAGUUAAUUUCACUUAAUUUAAUUUAACUUCACUGGAGUCACUUAACUCCAGUAGUUACUCCCUUUAGUUCAGCUCCUACAAGGCUGUUGGGUGAAUUAUGACUUAACGUCGCAGCCUUCCUCGGCUCUAUCUGUGAAAAGAUAAAAAAAAUCCUGUAUCGAUUUUGAUCUUCUUUGAUGGAAGUACAUUUGACUUGCAUUACAUGAGCAGUUUGUCUGGUUUUCCUACAGCAUCAGGGUCAUUAAUCUUAAUUGGUAGUGUGUGAUCAUACAAAUCAAGCAUGUUAUCAACUGUAUGACCUGAACAACUGUAUAACAUUUGACCUGUAUAGUUAUAAUGUGUAUAACGUUUGUGUGAUUCUUAAAGUCUUAAUCAUUUUGCAGAAGAUGCCCAGUUAGGUCUCAUCUCCAAGCCAGAACUGCACAUGCCCAAAUAAUUCCCCCAUUGAGAGAUGCCUGAUUAAUAAUUGUUGUAUGAUUUAGUGAAAAUAUACUAAAGGAUUUCUUUCAUUCAAGAAUGAUAAACUGGGACCUAAUAAGACAUAUCCUUUCAGUGUCAUUAUACAAAAGCCAGAUUUAAUAAUCUUCUGUUCAUGAACACUUUUUUCUUUUUAAGGUUUAUCUGAACAUACUUAUAGACAAUAUGUAAACAAAUAAGUAGCACAUAUUAAUCAUUAGACUCUGAUGCUUGGAGAAAGCAGUUUGAGUUAUGACCUAGGUGAUAUUACCUAAAUAUACUGCUAAAAAUAAGGUUGUACAAACAAGUCCCCAAAUAAUACUAAUCAUGAGAUUCAGCAUUACCCUAUAUGAGGAAAAUACCAACAGAUAUUUUUUCUCUAUAACUAACUUUUAUAUCAUAGAACAUGUUAAGUCCUAACUUCACUGUUAGAUACAUGCCUUGCUCCAGCUAUGGGCCCCACAAACACAGUACAGUGUACCUUAAUAACGUUACAAUGUUAUUGUGGUGUUUUUUUUUGUUUGUUUUUUUUUAUUACAGUGUUAUUUAAAUCAUAGUAAACACUUUUGUAGAAUCAAAAGUUGUUGAUUUGAACCCAAAGAUUUCACAUGCCCUGUGUAUCUGCUGAUUGCUCUGUCAGACAUGACUAAAUUAUUCUAAAAUGUAGCAAUGCACCUGGGGGAACUUUCUGAAGAUGAGUGAUCCUGUGUAUGUAGAAAAAAACUGCUGAGCCAUAAUCAGGUUGCCUUAUGCCCAGCCCUUUGCAAACCUUGACAAAGCAAAUCAGAGAGCUUGAGGCCUUUUUAAAAAAAUAAAAAAUAAAUCAACUGCCAUUUUAAUAUGGCAAUAUUUUGCUCUCUCUGAAUUAGUCAAAGGCCUUGUCUAUACUAGGUUUGCUACUACUAACAAGACCCAUGUGUUUCUAGUGCUUCCAGUUUUUUUUUUUUUUUUUUAAUUGUAUUUUAAUUUAUUUGAUUUCAUAUCUUACCCCUUCAUGGUGUGGCACAUGAGCACUUACUGUCAUUUCAUGAUUGAACACAUGUAGACCUGUACCUCAGACAGCUUUGUUUGUUUUUUGUUUUGUUUUUUUUGGAGGGGGGGGGGGGGUUCUGACCAUGCUGAAAUAUUUGUAUUAAAGGAAUUCCUUGCUAAAAAUUUCAUGUUUUGGUUAUAAUUAUAUGUAACCUUUUUAGUUCCUCAAUAGCUGUAUGAAUUACAGGAAUUUCAUAUUGAGGCAUAAUGACUUGCUGCUUGUAGAAGUCAGACCAAAACUUCAAUCAAAUGCCACUGGUUACACUAGUAAUGCUAGAUGUGGUGUUUAUUCUGGAGGACUGCCAUAGACUGUGCCAAUCAGUGGCACUGUCUUUUAAAAAAUUGCGUGCACAACCAUGAACCAAGAUGUUCUUGGAAUCCAGUUGCCUGGUCCUUGUGUAAAGAAAGACUAUGUUGACUUUGUAGGCUGCUAUAACGAUCAACAGUAAAGACUCGCGGCAUGGCCAGGGACCUAACAACACAUUGCUGGCAUUGAAGAUCGUAUUCAGAAGUUCAGUACUAGAGAAAUACAGUAUUCUGCUCCCAGCCUAGUGGGCUCAUAGAUAGUCCAUGCAGGUCAAGCAUUAGGCUAUGGCAAGCAAAGGCUGCUCAAAGUUUUUUAAACCAAGGGUAGAUCCCACAGGGGGUGAGGAUGGGGGAAGAAUUGUGAUUAGUCGCUCUUCCUAUAAAUCCAUCAAUCCAUCCAUCCAUUUUAUAUACGGCUUAUGCUACUGGGUCCCAGGGAGCAUAGGGCACAAGGCGGGGUACACCCUGGACAGGGUGCCAGCCUCUUACUAUAAAUAUCAUGACAAAUUGAUCCAUGAUCGGUGAGCUGCAUUUAUUGCAGACCUCUUUGUCAAUACACUUUUCAGCAGCUGUGUAAUGGGCUGGAAGGGAAAUAGCUGUAUGAUGAAGAGCUCCAAUUCCGACUUUCAAAAUUGAUCAUUCCUACCUCCCUGAAAAAGUUCCUGCAGUAGUUUCCUUUUCCCUAUGGUUUUCUUUAACUAGCUCUAGGA